AUGGCUACGUCCGAUUCCAAAGCUCCUUUGCGGACAGUGAAACGCGUGCAAUUUGGCAUUCUUUCACCGGAUGAGAUACGUCGUAUGUCAGUCACAGAUGGCGGCAUACGAUUUCCAGAAACUAUGGAAGGCGGCCGCCCUAAAUUGGGUGGUCUCAUGGAUCCUAGACAAGGCGUCAUUGACAGAAAUUCUAGAUGUCAGACAUGUGCCGGUAAUAUGACAGAGUGUCCUGGUCAUUUUGGUCAUAUAGAUCUCGCAAAACCAGUAUUUCAUGUAGGAUUUAUUACAAAGACUAUAAAGAUAUUGAGAUGCGUGUGUUUCUACUGUUCCAAACUACUUGUCAGUCCUCAUAAUCCAAAAAUCAAAGAAAUUGUCAUGAAAACCAAGGGACAACCACGGAAACGACUUGCUUUUGUUUACGAUUUAUGUAAAAGCAAGAGCAUUUGCGAAGGCGGAGACGAAAUGGAUAUUAACAAAGAGAACGCGGAAAAUCAACCACAAAUGGAUAGAAAACCUGGUCACGGUGGUUGCGGUAGAUAUCAGCCUAAUCUCAGACGAUCCGGUUUAGAUGUCACCGCGGAAUGGAAGCACGUAAAUGAAGAUUCGCAAGAAAAGAAGAUGAUACUCUCAGCUGAGAGAGCGUGGGAAAUUUUGAAACACAUCAAAGACGAAGAGUCUUUCAUCUUAGGUAUGGAUCCGAAAUUUGCUCGACCAGACUGGAUGAUAGUUACGGUACUACCAGUACCACCUUUAUCCGUCAGACCUGCGGUUAUUAUGUACGGUUCCGCUAAAAAUCAGGACGAUCUGACGCACAAACUGGCGGAUAUCAUUAAAUCGAACAACGAGCUAUUGCGAAAUGAACAGUCGGGCGCAGCGGCACACGUGAUCCUAGAGAACAUAAAGAUGCUACAAUUUCACGUGGCGACACUUGUUGACAACGACAUGCCUGGUAUGCCUCGAGCGAUGCAAAAGUCAGGCAAACCGCUCAAGGCAAUUAAAGCUCGUCUGAAGGGAAAAGAGGGCAGAAUUCGAGGAAACUUGAUGGGCAAGCGUGUGGAUUUUUCCGCACGUACCGUCAUCACACCCGAUCCCAACUUGCGCAUCGACCAAGUUGGCGUGCCGCGCAGUAUAGCGCAAAAUUUGACGUUCCCCGAAAUUGUAACGCCAUUCAAUAUCGAUAAGAUGCAAGUGUUAGUUAGACGUGGCAAUUCGCAGUAUCCCGGCGCGAAGUACAUAGUUCGCGACAAUGGAGAAAGAAUCGAUCUGCGUUUUCACCCCAAAUCUUCAGAUUUGCACCUGCAAUGUGGCUAUCGAGUAGAGCGACAUAUCCGCGACGGUGAUCUCGUUAUCUUUAAUCGUCAACCGACUUUGCAUAAAAUGUCAAUGAUGGGUCAUCGCGUCAAAGUGCUGCCGUGGAGUACGUUCCGCAUGAAUCUGAGCUGCACAUCGCCGUACAACGCGGAUUUUGACGGUGAUGAGAUGAAUUUGCACGUGCCACAAUCGAUGGAAACUCGCGCGGAGGUUGAAAACAUUCAUGUAACGCCGCGACAAAUCAUUACGCCGCAGGCGAACAAGCCAGUCAUGGGUAUCGUGCAGGAUACCUUGACGGCAGUUAGAAAGAUGACGAAGCGCGACGUGUUCAUCGAGAAGGAGCAAAUGAUGAAUCUGCUCAUGUUUCUGCCUAGCUGGGAUGGCAAAAUGCCGCAACCGUGUAUCCUGAAACCGAAACCAUUGUGGACCGGCAAGCAAUUGUUCUCCCUCAUCAUUCCGGGAAACGUUAAUAUGAUACGAACACACAGCACACAUCCCGACGAGGAAGACGAUGGUCCGUACAAAUGGAUAUCACCGGGUGAUACAAAAGUAAUGGUGGAACAUGGGGAGCUGGUAAUGGGUAUCCUCUGUAAAAAGACUCUGGGUACGUCCGCCGGUUCUUUGCUUCACAUCUGUAUGCUUGAGCUGGGCCACGACGUAUGCGGACGUUUCUACGGCAAUAUUCAGACCGUCAUCAAUAACUGGUUGUUGCUGGAGGGUCACUCGAUUGGUAUCGGCGAUACUAUUGCCGAUCCGCAGACAUAUUUGGAGAUUCAGAAGGCAAUUAAAAAGGCCAAAGAGGACGUGAUAGAAGUAAUUCAGAAAGCACACAAUAUGGAAUUGGAACCCACACCCGGCAACACGUUACGUCAGACUUUCGAGAAUCAGGUAAACAGAAUUUUAAACGACGCUCGAGACAAGACUGGAGGUUCCGCCAAGAAAUCUCUAACGGAAUAUAACAACUUGAAGGCUAUGGUAGUAUCUGGCUCGAAGGGUUCCAACAUCAACAUUUCUCAGGUUAUCGCUUGUGUAGGUCAGCAAAACGUUGAGGGUAAACGAAUACCCUUCGGUUUCCGCAAACGAACGCUCCCACAUUUCAUCAAGGACGACUACGGACCCGAGUCUCGAGGUUUUGUCGAGAACUCGUAUCUUGCCGGACUCACGCCGUCAGAAUUCUAUUUCCAUGCUAUGGGUGGUCGUGAGGGUCUUAUCGAUACCGCCGUGAAAACGGCCGAGACCGGUUACAUCCAGCGUCGUUUGAUAAAGGCUAUGGAGUCGGUAAUGGUGCAUUACGACGGUACCGUGCGUAAUUCGGUCGGUCAAUUGAUCCAAUUGCGUUACGGAGAGGACGGUCUCUGUGGUGAGACCGUCGAGUUCCAAAAUCUGCCCACCAUCAAGGUGAGCAACAAAGCCUUCGAGAAGAAAUUCAAAUUCGAUCCGACCAACGAGCGAUACUUACGACGUAUAUUCAACGAGGACAUUGUACGAGAGAUGAUGGGCUCUGGUGAGGUAAUCUCCGAGCUAGAAAGAGAGUGGGAGCAACUGAACAAGGACCGCGCUGUGCUACGGGAGAUCUUCCCAAGCGGCGAAUCCAAGGUUGUAUUGCCUUGCAAUCUACAGAGAAUGAUUUGGAAUGUGCAAAAAAUAUUCCACAUCAAUAAGCGAGCACCGACCGAUCUUAGUCCCAUGAGGGUGAUUCAAGGUGUAAAGGAUCUUCUGGAUAAAUGUAUCAUUGUCGCCGGGGAUGACAGACUUAGCAAACAAGCAAACGAAAACGCGACGUUACUAUUUCAAUGCUUGGUGAGGUCUACUCUAUGUACGAAAUGCGUCUCUGAGGAAUUCAGGCUGUCCAGCGAAGCCUUCGAGUGGCUGAUUGGAGAAAUUGAAACUAGAUUCCAACAGGCUCAAGUAUCGCCGGGUGAAAUGGUGGGCGCGUUAGCGGCGCAGUCUCUCGGCGAACCUGCCACUCAGAUGACACUGAAUACCUUCCACUUCGCUGGUGUAUCAUCAAAAAACGUCACCCUCGGUGUGCCGAGAUUGAAGGAGAUCAUCAACAUCAGUAAAAAACCGAAAGCGCCGUCUCUCACUGUGUUCUUGACGGGCGCGGCCGCACGAGACGCCGAGAAGGCGAAAAAUGUGCUCUGCCGAUUGGAACACACGACGCUGAAGAAAGUGACAGCCAACACAGCGAUAUACUACGAUCCAGAUCCGCAAAACACAGUGAUCGCGGAGGAUCAAGAAUUCGUCAAUGUAUACUAUGAAAUGCCCGACUUCGAUCCUACUAAAAUAUCGCCAUGGUUGCUGCGUAUCGAAUUAGACAGGAAGCGAAUGACCGACAAGAAGUUGACAAUGGAACAAAUCGCGGAGAAAAUCAAUGCCGGCUUUGGUGACGAUUUGAACUGCAUUUUCAACGACGAUAAUGCUGAGAAGCUGGUGCUGCGGAUCCGAAUAAUGAACAGCGACGACAACAAAUUCCAAGAUACGGAGGAAGAAACUGUGGACAAGAUGGAAGAUGAUAUGUUCCUGCGAUGCAUUGAGGCUAACAUGCUUAGCGACAUGACUUUACAGGGUAUCGAAGCUAUUGGCAAGGUUUAUAUGCAUUUACCGCAAACGGACUCUAAGAAACGUAUCGUUAUUACGGAAACAGGCGAAUUCAAGGCUAUCGCGGAAUGGCUCUUGGAAACUGACGGAACGAGUUUGAUGAAAGUAUUGAGUGAAAGAGAUGUAGAUCCGGUACGAACGUUCAGCAACGAUAUCUGCGAAAUCUUUCAAGUUCUUGGUAUCGAGGCCGUACGAAAAUCGGUGGAAAAGGAGAUGAAUGCAGUGUUACAGUUCUAUGGUCUUUAUGUCAACUAUCGACAUCUCGCUUUACUUUGUGAUGUUAUGACGGCGAAGGGUCAUCUUAUGGCGAUAACACGUCACGGAAUCAAUAGACAAGAUACCGGCGCUCUUAUGAGAUGCUCCUUUGAAGAAACUGUUGACGUAUUAUUAGACGCCGCAUCUCAUGCGGAGGUAGAUCCAAUGCGAGGAGUAUCCGAAAAUAUUAUAAUGGGACAACUUCCGCGCAUUGGAACAGGAUGCUUUGACUUAUUAUUGGAUGCUGAGAAAUGCAAAUCUGGCAUCGAAAUUCCGAUGGCAGUUGGCGCAGGUAUGGGAACAGCGGGAAUGUUUUUCGGCAGUGUAACCGGUAUAUCCAAUAGUAUGAGUCCCCAGAUGACUCCUUGGAUGGGAGCUACUCCUGGUUACGGAGCAUCAAGUAUGUCUCCGGCCUUGAGCAGUGGUAUGACGCCAGGAGGUGCUUGCUUCUCACCAUCGGGCGCAUCAGAUGCGUCGGGAUUGUCACCCGCAUAUUCUGCUUAUUCACCGCAACCAGGAAGUCCUGGCAGUCCGGGACCGAGCAUGAGUCCGUUCCCGAUGUCACCAGCGGGUGCAGCUUCGCCUAGUUACUCUCCCACGUCACCAGCGUAUCUGCCCACGUCUCCCAGCAUGACACCAUCGAGUCCGAAUUACUCGCCCACAAGCCCAACAUAUUCACCGACUAGUCCGAACUAUUCACCGACAUCACCAAGUUACUCGCCGACGAGUCCGAGCUAUUCUCCAACAUCGCCAAGUUAUUCACCGACAAGUCCAAGUUAUUCACCCACUUCACCAAGUUAUUCGCCGACAAGCCCGAGUUAUUCGCCCACGUCGCCAAGCUAUUCACCAACAAGCCCCAGUUAUUCACCCACAUCGCCUAGUUAUUCACCGACCUCACCAAGUUACUCACCCACGAGCCCGAGCUAUUCGCCUACGAGUCCAAGUUAUUCACCAACGAGUCCAAGUUACUCGCCUACAAGUCCUAGCUAUUCACCCACAAGUCCGAGUUACUCCCCGACUUCGCCGAGUUAUUCACCUAGCUCACCUAAUUACACACCUGCUUCACCUUCAUAUUCACCCACCUCACCGAGUUAUUCACCGAGCUCGCCACAGUAUUCACCAGCGAGUCCAAGUUACUCGCCCAGCAGUCCCAAGUACUCGCCAACGAGCCCGAGUUAUUCACCUACCUCACCGUCGUUCGCUGGUACAUCGCCGCAGUACACACCGGCGAGUCCUACAUACUCGCCAACCAGUCCGACUUAUUCUCCCACGAGUCCGUCAUACUCGCCGAGCUCGCCACAACACACCGCGUCUGGCAGCACCCGGUAUUCACCCAGCAGUCCAAAUUACUCACCUAGUAGCCCGACAUAUUCUCCCACAAGCCCACAAUAUUCACCGUCAAGCACUAAGUAUUCACCUACAAGUCCUACCUACACACCUACAAGUCCAAGUUAUUCACCGACGAGUCCGACAUAUUCGCCGCCGGUACCAGGAUAUUCGCCUACGAGUCCUACGUACUCACCGGCAUCGCCCGCUUACGAAACAGAUGAAUAAUACUAAUUAUUAUAUUAUUGUAUCAAUCGUUAAUUAUAAAAAUAAAAUAAUUAAGAACGAAGAGGAAUAUCUACUGAUUAAAAAAAUAUGGUCGAUAAUUUUUUGCUUGUUGAUUAUUAUACGUGCGCAAGUUAUGUAUAAUUCCUCGCUCUUGUUAGACAAAAUUAAGAUAUUACGAAAGAUGUGAAUUAUGUUGAGAAUUUUAGUCUUUUUAGUUUUAGAAUUAUUAAUUCGUGUGUUAUGUGCAAGCGAAUGCGUUUUAGGGACCAGAGAAUUUUAUAAAUCAAUAACUGAUAAGUUAAUGAGAUAAUGAAUGGAAGCUAUAUUGAUGCAAGAAAUAUGAUAACAUAAGAAAUCAAAGAUAUUUAAUAUAUGUGAAUUUGCUAUUUUACAUUCUUUGAUAGAAAUACAAUGUAUCUAACUUCCAUGAUAAGCGAGCUAUGCAAUAUUGUACACUGCGCGACAAUAAUCCUGUCCUACGCUCCCCUUGUCCCGCGUAAGACAGGAUCAUUGUCGCGCAGUAUACAUUCAAUCGCAUUUGACUUUUUACAUUUAGGUAUGUUUUUGAUAUCAAUAUGUCUCUAACAAAUAUCAAAAUUCACAGUUUCGUUAAAAACGCAAAGCAAACAUCUGUCAAUUGAACAUAUAUUCUUACAAUUAUA